AUGGAUACCUACGAAGCCACACACGUGGUCCUCUCCAAAAUCAACAACCUUGACCCCCAAAAUGCUUCCAAGAUCAUGGGCCAUAUCCUCGUCAACUUUCAAGACACAGAAUUAAUAAGCCUCGCCACUAGCCCUGACUCUGUUCUUCACACCCUCGUUCUAAGGCUCAAAUACCACCUUAACCUCUCUUCUGCACCUUCUCUUCUCAACUACAUUCCAAAACCCCCCAUUUCUACCAACCCUUCUUCCCUAAACAACCCCAUUAGCUUAAAGUCCACUCCUUUACUCUCUCACGAUAGUAUCCAAGCUGGGUCUGUGUCAAAAUCUUCUCUUUCACCUCCUGUGAUGGAUGAUCAUCAAAUGGGUGAUUACUUUUCUUUUCUCAAUGAGACACUGAUGAUGGAUGGGGAUUUGGUGGAUUCAAGGCCUGAAUUGAGUCACAACUGGCAUUCACUUGUCAACAAUGGUGAUGUCAAUUACCAUAGAAGGAGCCAUUCUGCAAGUGCUGCAUAUUUUGGACAUGAAGAAGCACGAUAUAAGUCAUGCCUCUACUUUGCCAAAGGAUUUUGCAAAAAUGGGAGCAAUUGCAAGUUCAUGCAUAGUGCUUUGAAUGAUGAUACAAUGGAUGCCAUGGUUGGUUUUCCCAGUAAGUUUGAUGAGGGUUUGGAACAUGAUGUUGUCAGUUUGAAGGCCGCGCAGCAUCAAAGAUUAGUGGCUCCUUCACAAGUCAUGUCUGGAACCUCACCGCCAUACAUUAACUUUUUCAUGCAGCAACAAAAGGAUUUGCAGAGUGAUAUUGUGUGUAUGGUUGGCUACUUGGGAGACGAAUUUCACAAGUUUAUACGGUGCAGGCUGCAAAGGAACGAAUUUCUGGCCAUGGUUUCGACUGAAAAAUUUAACUCUUCUUCUAGGCAGAUUUAUUUAACGUUUCCUGCGGAAAGCACAUUUAAAGAUGAAGAUGUUUCAGAAUACUUCAGCAAAUUUGGACCCGUGCAAGAUGUGAGGAUUCCAUACCAGAAUAAGCGAAUGUUUGGCUUUGUUACUUUUGUCCAUCCAGAAACAGUGAGAUUCAUAUUAUCCAAAGGGAAUCCUCAUUUUAUCUGUGAUUCACGUGUACUUGUCAAGCCCUACAAGGAGAAGGGGAAAGCAGUUGACAAGAGACAACAGCAACUAGAGAGGGGAGAAUUUUUGCCGUGUUUGAGCCCUGCUGGACUUGACUCACAAGAACCUCAUGAUUUCCAUCUUGGAACAAGAAUGUUGUAUAAUCCACACGAGAUUCUGUUGAGAAGAAAAUUGAAGGAACAGGCUGAGUUGCUAAAAGCCAUUGAACUUCAAGAAAGAAGGAUGAUGAAUUUUCAGCUUCCUGACUUAAAGAAUAAUCAAAUUCACCAGCACCAACGCAGUCUCUCCGUUGGAGCUUCUCUGCCCUUACUACAAAUUCAUGGUCAUAUUAGCAAUCCAGGUCUUUCUCCUGAUAGCAUUAAAAGAAAUUUUACUGGCUUCAGUGGCAACAUCAUUUCAACCAGUUCUUCACUUGAGCAGCAGCAGCCAUUGCAAGAAGUUGAUCCAACAUGCAUUCAUAAUACUGUCAGCGGGAAUAAAAAGGAUAGUACAGGGUCAGAAAUCACAGAUCUUUGUAAGAGUGUGGAGCAGGCCCUUCCUGAUAGCCUCUUUGCUUCACUGACAGAAGCUGCCAGAGAUAAUCUGCCCAAUCUCUCAACAAGCCUGGGAUCUCCUGCCAAGUUAGAAUCUCAGACCACUUCUAGUGACAUGGCUUCUCAUUAGUUUUCUUUGAUA